CGAGGAAAGCGACGAUGGAAGUUUAUUUGCAGUCUCCGAUAAUCAAGACUGAAAAUGUGGAAAAAAGGGACAACGAAUCCGAACCUGAACAAGAUGACGAAUUCGAUUUGGAAGCAGAGUCUGCAUCGAAGCAACGUCGUCGCAGUGAAAGUGCAGACAGGCAGAGGAGACGUGGUCGUCUUCGCAAAACUGUUCCAGCAGCAAAAUCUUCCUACAAAUGGUCUGAGGAAGAACCUGACAGACGUGGCCGUCGUUCAAGUGGACAGGCAAACUUCUCUGCUACAACAAAAAAUGAAGGUGCCAAAUUGCCAUUUCCCUAUUCACCAUACAUGCCGGGUUCGAGUUUGGGUAACCUGCAAUUACUAUAA